GUAGUGAGCAGUUGAAGCAGGUUGAACCAAGAAAAUGAACGAAACGAAACAACGCGCUUUAUUGAGCGGAGCUUCAUUGGAAUCAGCUGGCAAGUAUGAAAAUUCCCGUCCGAUUUUAAUGAGGUUUUACCGUGUUUCAGUACGUGUGCUCGACUGUCUGUGCGUGUAUUGAAUCGUUUAUUUUGCUGUUAUUCCUAAAAUAUUUCGCGGAAUAGACAUUUUGACGCCCAGAUUUGACGUUGAACUAAUUCCAGGCAACAUCUACAUAUGGCCGAAAAGCAAUCCUCAUUUUCAUUGGUUCCAAAAAUUGUCAAUGGCGGAAUUGCUGGCAUCAUUGGCGUCACAUGCGUCUUUCCAUUGGACCUGGUUAAAACCAGGCUACAGAAUCAGCAGAUUGGACCCAAUGGAGAAAAGAUGUAUAAUAACAUGAUAGACGCUUUUAAAAAAGUAUACAAACAAGAAGGCUUUCUUGGCAUGUAUCGAGGAUCUGCAGUCAAUAUUCUUCUCAUUACUCCAGAGAAAGCUAUAAAACUGGCAGCUAAUGAUUUUUUCAGAUAUAAUUUACAAACCCAAGAAAAGACUCUUCCAAUCUUUCGGCAAAUGUUAGCCGGAGGAUUAGCGGGAUUAUGCCAGAUCGUCAUAACGACCCCAAUGGAGUUGUUGAAAAUUCAAAUGCAGGAUGCUGGAAGAGUUGCAGCUCAAGCUCUUUUAGUUGGAAAAACAGUACAAAAAACCUCAGCCACUGAACUUGCCAUGGGCUUGUUUAGACAGCACGGUAUCUUAGGCUUGUAUAAGGGCACAGGUGCGACUAUGCUUCGGGAUGUUUCAUUUUCUGUGAUAUAUUUUCCGCUGUUUGCCACUCUCAAUGACUUGGGGCCUAGAAGAAGCGACGGAUCAGGUGAAGCGGUGUUUUGGUGUUCAUUUUUGUCAGGAUGUGUCGCAGGCUCUUUUGCUGCUCUGUCAGUAAAUCCAUUCGAUGUUGUUAAGACUCGUCUACAAGCCAUACAUAAAGCGGAGGGCGAACGGUCGUAUUCUGGGAUUGGAAACGCUUUUGUAAAUAUUCUACGGUACGAAGGCCCUACGGCUUUUUUCAAAGGAGGAGCUUGCAGGAUGAUUGUUAUAGCUCCCCUGUUUGGUAUUGCCCAAACAGUUUACUACUUAGGAGUGGCAGAACGAUUGUUAGGCAUUAACAGGGGUUAAACGGCAUAAUUGUUAUUCACGAUUGCCAUAGUUCGUUGUAGAACUACUUACUUUAAUAUUCGAUUAUUUGUUCCUAAUAGAAAAAAUGUGCUAGAAAAAAAUUCGCGUAAUUGGAAUGAUAGCUUGAAUUGCAACUGAUAUUGAAUUAAUAAAUUCAACCUUGACCGAUUGAAAUUAGUCAAAACGUUACGUAAUGCGAUAUUCACCUCGAAGCAAAAAAUGUAGUUUGCAGUAUAAUCAGUGGAUGAAAAAGUGUACUCAAACAUGUCAUUGCCAAUUUUCAGUCUAAAAGUAAGCUGUAAUAUGUCUUGUAAUAUUUGGAUAGUACAUAAUAAUUUAUUUAAUGUUUCUUAUUUAUUUCCCCUUAACGUCACAUUGUUUACUUGUAUAAUUAUAUCUUACGCAAAGAUUAAGGAUCAUUUUAUCGAAGUUAAUUAUUGGUUAUUUCAUGGAUUUUUUCGUUUACAGCGAAUUGGUAUAGGUAGAUUACAAUUCUGUGUAAUAAUGCAAUAAUUAUUUAAUGAUUAUUAAUAAUAAUCAUAAAAUAAUAAGAAAAUUGUUGCCUUAUUCUUACCGUUAACUAUUCAAAUUUCCAUGUUAUGUUUAUUUACAUUUAUAUUAAUUUUACUCACAAUAUACAUUAUUUUAAAUAACAAUAUCAAUAGUGUAAUUUGGUCUUUUGUUUUUAUUGUUCGUAACUUUUCCAACCAAAUCACUUUUCAAAAGCCGCAAGAGCUGAAUACCUAUAUUUGCUUUAAUUCCAUCUAGCUAAAGUUGCUUCUGAAAGUAACCGAGUGUUUUGGAACAUAAAAUAAUAUUGAGACAAUAAAGCUGUGCUCUACUAAUUGUGCUGUAAAAUAAUUAGGGGUAAGAUUUACAUGUUUUCGAUGUUUUAUAUUACCAGUUAUUGCUAUUAGCAGUGUAUUAUAUUAGGUGAGCAAAUUUUCAAGCUUCCAAUGAUAUAAAUUGCUAGAUAGCUACGUAGAUAUCGCGCGGAAAAAAAUAAUAUAAAAAACGUACAAAAAAUAAAUUUCAACCGCUCCAAAUUAAUUGUAUUAAGCGAAAAAAAAACUACUACUGCAACAGUGUGGAAGGCAAUAGUUUUUCUUUUAAUUAGUGGUAAUAUAUUUAUUGAGGACAGAACUGUUAAAGUUUCCUCCUAAAUUUUGCUUACAAGCAAUAUAAUUGAUGGUUUUAUUUUUUCACACCCUUUCUAUUAUGAAGCAUAUACUUGUCUUGUAUUUAUACAUUUUCAUACAUAAUUAAACUUGCUUAUUAAAAGACCUGCUAUUCGAUAUUCGUCGAAUGAGUAGUAAAAUAAUUUUAUAUUGGUUCCUAUAAUUUAAUAUUGUAUUUUGAACUAGAAGAUCUAAACAGCUCACUAUACUUAAAGAAUAUUGAAAUUAAAAACUUUGGCGUUGAUAUAAAUAAUUGGAAUCGCUGUGUUAUUACUUUUAGUGCCUAUGUGGGCUUAUUAUUAUAAGUUGAUAUUAGCUGCUUUUAAGUACUAGGUAGCACUUUAAAGACAACUUGUAGUAUAUAAAGCAUUUGCAGGAAGGAAGACUAAAUAUUAGAGAUAUUUUUUUCGGGAACUGCAUGUUUGUGCAUAUUGAGAUGAGAUUUAUAAGUGUAGAAAUAGUGAAAAAAAAUAUAAAUUAUUAUAUGUAUAAUGUAUCAAUUCAUCGUCAAUUGUCGUCAAUAAAAUUUCAGGAAGAAAACUUAUGGCUAUUCAAAUAGUUAUGAUAUUGCUUGUUAAAUAAAUGUAAUCUGUUUUG